AUGGAGCAAGAUCGGGAGAAUGUGGGCAAUGCCACGGAGGCUACAUUCUCUGGUUUUGACCUCCGACAUACUGAGGGCCAGUUGGCUGCUUGGGAGGCCAUCUGUCGGGGCGAGUUGAAGCAAGCAACCUGGGAAGAUGAGGCAUCUAUGGAUUGGAUUUGGACAAAUCAACCCAGAAAGGUUCUGGCUUGGAGAGUUAGUUGGAUGUCGGAUCGUGGACGCGUCGACUUAUCGUCACUCCCUCCACCUCCCACCUCUCCCGAGGAUUCCCCCCAGGAAGCACUCGACUGGCUCGUCCAGGCUGGCGACAUUGAUGAGGCAUGGGCCAAGGUCUAUCUACUAUCCGAUAUCGACGAAGAGAAGGCAAUGCAGCAGCUGCAUCUUGACCUCAUCGAGGGGCGCAAGAUAUAUCUGAGCGAGGCGCCAUGGACCGAUUACCAUGACUGGUGUUGCCCGUGCGAAAUGGAGCCCAAUUACCCACGACUUCACUAUAUUACAGAUGGUCAAGUUGGCGAGGUUGUUGAUAGCAGCUUCGCCGAUGACUUCGCCUGGAAAUUCGGGUAUGACCAUAGCCGCCCCUUAGCCAAUGUCGAGGACUUGGAGAUGGUCCUGGAAGAUGAGCGGGUGCUCGAGGCUGGCUCAGGUUUUCUCUUCUAUUGA